ACUUCAAACCGAGACGCAAUGAAGAGUGGGAAGGCUAACAAACAUCUUUGACUGGAGUGGAAAAAAACACACAGGUCUAUUAGCAUAUACUAGCAGAUUAUUACAUGCCAGGACGGUAGCCGCGAAUCAACUCGGAACGACAAACCAGAAAUUGAGUUUUAUUCCUGGAGGGCUCGGCUUUUUAUUUGCGGAUGAGACAUGUCCUUAGCGGCGUCCAGGCCUUUAUUUGUUUUCUGAGAGGAGUUGUAGCUGACUGGCUAGCUGGCUAACUCCCCCCUAACCCCUCACUACGAGCUAGCUACUUAGCGACAGAGGUGUGAAAAUAUAAAGAAAUCCGGCUUUGGCAGGCUGUGGUCAAGAGACCGACACCUGACAAUGAAUGGCCUUUCUGUGAGUGAGUUGUGUUGCCUGUUCUGUUGCCCCCCCUGCCCCAGCCGUAUCGCUGCCAAGCUUGCCUUCCUGCCCCCUGAACCUACCUAUGCCCUCCUGCCCGAUCUGGAGGCCGGGCCGGAACCGGCCGGACCUACGGGGACGUCAAGCCUCCGGUCCCGGGGAGGAGGUGGCGGGAGUUCGGUAGGUGGGGGGAAUGCUCCAGUGGAGGGGCGCUGGAAGCUCCACCUCACAGAGCGGGCAGAAUUCCAGUAUUGCCAACAGGAUCUGGAUGCCACAGAAGUGUUCCUGACGCGAUCUAGUAGGGGGAACAGAGUGGGCUGCAUGUAUAUCCGAUGUGCCCCCUCUGCCAGGUUCACUGUCCUGUUCUCCCAUGGUAACGCAGUGGAUCUAGGCCAGAUGAGCAGUUUCUAUAUCGGCCUGGGCACUCGCAUCAACUGUAACAUAUUCUCUUAUGAUUACUCCGGCUACGGGGUCAGCACAGGGAAGCCCUCAGAAAAGAAUUUGUAUGCAGACAUAGACGCAGCGUGGCAGGCUCUACGCUCACGAUAUGGCAUCAGCCCAGAGAAUAUUAUCCUGUAUGGACAGAGCAUUGGCACGGUGCCUACAGUAGACCUGGCAUCACGAUACGAGUGUGCAGCUGUGAUUCUCCACUCCCCCCUCACCUCUGGCAUGAGGGUGGCCUUCCCCGACACUAAGAAGACUUACUGCUUUGACGCAUUUCCCAACAUUGAGAAAGUAUCUAAAAUCACGUCUCCAGUGUUGAUCAUCCAUGGGACAGAGGACGAGGUGAUCGAUUUUUCCCAUGGGCUGGCCCUGUACGAGCGCUGCCCCAAAGCCGUGGAGCCGCUGUGGGUGGAAGGAGCCGGACACAACGACAUCGAACUGUACAGCCAAUACCUGGAACGCCUGCGUCGUUUCAUCGGGCAGGAAUUGGCCGCACAACACGCCUAAGCUCUCCUCCGUCUCCCUCUUGUCAUCCCACCAUCUCCCAGUCUGAGCGAGAGUGAGAUGGAUGCGUCAGUAACUUAUUGAAGGCUGCCAGUUUGUAUGGACAACGUUAUUGUUUGAGCAGCUUGACACAUGCUCCGCUGGUCCGAUUUGUUUUCCUAAGUGUUUUCUUUUUUUCUCCCUUUGUUUGUCAUCUCCUUGUGCAUGUGUGUACGUAUGUGUGCGCAUGGGAACUCUGGGGGAUGGAAGUGGAAUUUCUCUGGAGCAAGAAUGGAUGGACGAAUUCCUCUACCGGUUUCAGUCCAAAGGAAAGAAGCCAGAUGCUGUCCUGUACCUCCAACCUGAUGGUGUUUGUCAAUAUCUGAGCAUUCAUUUGUCAGUUGAGCGGUUCACAUCUCUGACCUGCUCCCAUGAUGCCUCAGCCUGUGAAAUCUUCACUUCCCACUUCUCAUCAGGCACCCUAAAAUAGCUCAUUCUCUGAGCCUGGCAAAUUUCCUAGCCUUGCUGACCCUGCAGGAUGGAAAAAAACGGUUGUUAAUGUGGAGGAUUUCAGGAUUAAGUUUUGAAGCAUCCUACACUGGUGCAAUGAUGCCCACCUCUGCAUCUUCAUUCAUUCGUUUAACCAUUUGGCUUGCUCUGGACUGUGUGUGUGGGUCCGUCCGAUGCUGACCUCUAUUCCCUUCCAAUGAGUUUUUGCCUUUAUGUAAAAGCUGAGCUUGGGAUUAGAUGACACCUAAUGAUCUACACCGCUCCAGGCAGGGAAAGCGCCAAUCCUGGGACGUUGGCUUUUGUUCCCAGCAUUAUCAGUCUUUUUUUUCCCUCUUUGCUGUCUCUUUCCUUUCUUCUCAGCAUGUGAGAGUGUCCAUAGCACCCUGAGGUGAAAGAAACUGGGAGGGCUGCUCGCUCAUCAUCAUAUUUCAGUGAAACCGCCACACUUGGGAUGACAUGAUACGGAGUACAUUCACGUCCAGAUCCAUACAUCAUGUUUCUGAACUGUUGGGCCAGUAGAAAGACCAAGGUUUCAUUAUCUUGUCGGGACUUUCCUAAAGCCAGAUCUUCGGUGUAGCACACAAGUAGUUUAACCUUUUGAAUGGGUUUUGGGUUAAUAAAUGGUUUAAUUGUGUAAGAACAAAUAAUGCAUACAACGCAGGUAGCAGUCAGAGGUAAAAACAGAAAGCACUUCUGAACCCUGUGGCAAAGAGACACAACUCGCAACCAGUUUUUCUCAUUUUCAGCCUAACGUCAAGUAUGUUUCUAUCACGGGAAUGUUAUUCCUCUAUUGUUGGCAUUUGAAAUGGAGCUCAAGCUAUAAGCAUGCAUAUUUACUGUCUCUUUGGUGAUUGUUAUGUUUAAGCAAAUCUUUAAAAAAAAAAAAAGCACAUAAUUUAAAGACUCCUUUUAAUGAUAAUAAAGGAUUUCCCUUUUUCAUUCAACGCCAAAUUGCUAGUUAGUGGCACAUGGUUUAAUCCAUCUAAGUAAUGUUCUGAGCUGUGGGUAGGUUUAAAGACACAACAGUGAGGUCAUUUAAAACCUAUUUUUGCCAUCUCUAGUCAAGCUGCUCGUCUUCAAAGGGAGUUCGUCUGAUAUGAUCUGGAUGCAACUAUGACUCUUAAAGUUAUCAGGUGUAUUAGGAAGAUUGUAACAGCUUUGAAAAACACUAGCGGUGAAUUCAGUGUCUUUCUUUCAAACUAAGCUUUUCAACUGUGAAUUAUCAAGGGAACUUGCUGCUAUAGAUCUCGAUUGAAUGGUCUCAAUGAAAUUAAAGGGCCGAACCCUGCAACCCUUUGUUGUUUUCCGAUGCAUCAAAGACUACCAUGCCUUUUCAAUGAGAUAAGACAUCGCUUCCUCUGUCUGCCGUGAUUCAUUCUUGCCCUUUUAACACUUUGGGCUGCACAGUCAUUCUGGAUUCCACAACAAUUUGUUUAAUUUGAUUCAUUUCAAUAUCUUGUCUGGGUAGGUCUUUGCUAGAUGAGUAUUCUGAUUUUAUGGCUCCAGAGUUGAUUAGACAUCUGAUUUAAUCUCUAGAUAUUCUGUUUGUCUUUUUUUUUCUGGUUAACAUUUAUCCAUCCACUCCACUUGGUCUGUUAGUAUGUGCUCUGGUUAAACUGACUCUCAUUAAUGCACAAAGCACAGUGAUUCUGUAUUCAGAAAACACUGGUUUGUACAUAAUAUCUGAAACCUAAUUCCAGCAAAUCUGAUUCCAUGUUUCAUCAUGUAUUUAAGUAUGUGCUCUGUGGUUGGACACAAAGGGGCUUCUUCAUUCUCCAUUCUAACCAAAGAUGGCAGCUGUUGGAGUUGCAAUGGCCGCCCACUGCCAUUUGUCAGCGCUCAGAUGUUGAUUGAAGGAGGAGGCGGUGGACUUUGGCUGUUCAGACAGAGCCAGGUCUCACACAAUACAGCCUGUUGUUAAUGCCGCAGAGGGGAAGUUUUUGUGUGGACUGUUGGUGCGUGUUUACCUCCUGUAAGACACAAGUGUUUGGAGGGCCGAAGCAAUACCGACUUGGAGCCAGCAGACUGGAUGUGAGGAUGCUCUGUGUGUGCAUACAAGAGGGGAGGACGUUGGUUUGGGGUGGGGCUGGAGUUACCCAGAGGCUCCAUCCCAACACAUUCAGAUUCAGCUCUUAUUAAGAUAGUUUUUUUUUUCUUGUUUAAAGAAAGUAAGUUAUAGAAAAGUCUUUUUAAAACUAUCAGAUGUAUGUACUGUAUAACAUUGUUUGAGAAGCUUAAUCUUGAGGUUUGAGAAUCAGUUUUUUUAUCUUAAUGGAUCGGGAGCAAGAGUCAUCGGGGUGUUACUGUUCUAUCCUUUUAUGCAUUAUUCUAAUGUUUUUAGUUUUAAAUAUGUCUUUUUCCUUUUCCAGAAUUAAUAAUAAAAA